CCUAACAGAGGGACAAAAAGACCUCGUGAUGAAGAGGAAGAGGAAAUCAAAGCACGUCGAAAACAAGCCACUGCCCGAGAGCACAGUCGUCACAGGGAAGAGGAGUCUGCUGCUCUGGAAGAACCUGAUGAUGAGAAGAAGAAACUCCUUCAGAUAAUUGAGAGGGAUGGAGAAGAGGAAGAGGAGGAAGAGGAACCUUUGGAUGAAAGUUCAGUGAAGAAGAUGAUUCUCACAUUUGAGAAAAGGUCUUACAAAAACCAGGAGCUACGGAUCAAGUUUCCUGACAAUCCAGAGAAGUUCAUGGAGUCGGAACUGGAUUUAAAUGACAUCAUCCAGGAGAUGCACGUGAUCGCGACGAUGCCUGGCCUGUAUCACCUGCUGGUGGAGCUGAACGCUGUGCAGUCUCUGCUCGGGCUGCUGGGACACGACAACACAGAUGUUUCCAUAGCUGUGGUUGACUUGCUGCAAGAGCUGACUGAUAUAGAUACUCUCCAUGAGAGUGAAGAAGGAGCUGAAGUCCUCAUAGAUGCUCUCGUGGAAGGCCAAGUCGUAGCCUUGUUGGUCCAGAAUUUAGAGCGCCUGGAUGAGAGUGUGAAAGAGGAAGCUGAUGGUGUCCACAACACCCUGGGAAUUGUGGAGAACAUGGCAGAGUUCCGGCCAGAGAUGUGCACAGAGGCUGCCCAGCAGGGCCUCAUGCAGUGGCUGCUCAAGAGGCUGAAGGCUAAGAUGCCUUUUGACGCCAACAAGCUGUACUGCAGUGAGGUGCUGGCGAUUCUGCUCCAGAAUAACGAUGACAACAGAGAAUUGCUUGGGGAGCUGGAUGGGAUCGAUGUGCUGCUUCAGCAGUUAUCUGUGUUUAAACGGCACAACCCAAGUACUGCAGAGGAACAGGAAAUGAUGGAGAACCUGUUUGACUCCCUUUGCUCCUGCUUAAUGCUCAGCUCCAAUCGUGAUCGCUUCCUGAAGGGUGAGGGUCUGCAGCUGAUGAACCUCAUGCUCAGAGAGAAGAAGAUUUCUCGCAGCAGUGCCCUGAAGGUGUUGGACCAUGCCAUGAUCGGACCCGAGGGCACAGACAACUGUCACAAGUUUGUGGACAUCCUUGGGCUGAGAACCAUCUUCCCUCUCUUCAUGAAAUCACCCAAAAAGAUAAAGAAAGUUGGAACAACUGAAAAAGAACACGAAGAACAUGUCUGUUCCAUCUUGGCCUCCCUCCUGCGAAACCUGAGAGGGCAGCAGAGGACACGGUUACUGAAUAAAUUCACAGAGAAUGACAGUGAGAAGGUUGAUAGGCUGAUGGAACUGUAUUUUAAGUACCUGGAUGCAAUGCAGGCAGCUGAUAAGAAGAUUGAUGGCGAGAAACACGACAUGGUGCGUCGGGGAGAGAUCAUAGAUGAUGACAUGGAAGAUGAAUUCUAUCUCCGUCGCCUGGAUGCUGGGCUCUUUGUGCUGCAGCUCAUCUGUUACAUCAUGGCAGAGAUCUGUAAUGCCAAUGUUCCCCAGAUUCGUCAGAGAGUCCACCAGAUCCUGAACAUGAGAGGCAGCUCCAUUAAAAUAGUUCGACACAUCCUGAAGGAGUACGCAGAGAACAUUGGCGAUGGGAAGAACCAGGAGUUUCGGGAGAGCGAGCAGAAGCGGAUCCUGGAUCUGCUGGAGAAUUUCUGA